AUGGCCAACUCAGAGGAAGAGAUGGAUAUUGAGGUACGAGCACCCAGGGGAGAACAAACUAAAAACUUAAGCCAUCGAAAACAAAAGUUUAGAGAUGAAUGGCUUAAUAUGAAAGAGUUCAAAAAUUGGUUAAGACCUGUGAAGGAAAAUCCAUUAAAAGCUCAUUGCUGUUAUUGUCGUUUUGAAAUGAUUUCAGAACUCUCGACGGUAAAAAAACAUAUGAAUAGUAUCAAGCAUAAAUCAGCUACUAAAUCAAUAACUGGAACUAAAACCAAUAUGUUUUCUACAAUAAUUCCAAAUAGAAAUAAUGACCAAGCUAUUAAAAGAGCCGAAAUAAAAAUAUGUGGGUUCUUAGCAGAGCAUAACAUAUCUUUUAAUACUAUGGAUCAUUUGACAGACGUUUUAAAAGAAGCUUUUCCCGAUUCUAAAAUUGCUGAAGGUCUUCAUCUCGGUAGAACAAAAAGUACCAACAUAGUAAAACAUGUUAUUGGACAAAAUCAUAAAGAUGAACUAAUAAAUGAUCUUAAAAAUACUAACUUCAGUAUUAUUAUUGAUGAGAGCACGGAUGUAGGAACUGUUAAAACGUUAUGUAUAUGUGUUCGCUAUUUUGACCAUAAAAUUAAUAAAUUAAAAUCAAAAUUUUUUGAUUUGGUUAAAGUAUUCAAGGAUAGUGAUUCUGCGAAUGAAGGAGCCACAGCAAACAAAAUAUACACUGAAGUUUUAAAUGCAUUAGCAAAAGAAAGUAUACCCUUUGAAAAUGUCAUUGGUUUCGCAUCGGAUGGAUGUAAUGCAAUGAUGGGGCGAUGUAAUUCCGUUUCCAGUCGUUUUAAAGAAGAUUUUCCCGGUAUUAUAAUACAGAAAUGUAUUUGA